AUGUUUAGGAGAUCUUAUAAAUUAGCUAAUAGUUCAAUUUCUGUCGCUAAAAGAAAGUUACACGAAGUGCCAGCGUUGAAAAAUCAAGAUACAUUCUUACAGAAUGGUAUCGAAGGGUUGUAUUCACCUAAAGGUUUCAAAUCUGCUUGGUCUGAUUACCAAAAAUAUUUAACGUUGAAUUUAACAUUGCAAACAAAUGGUACUGAAAAUGAAUUGAGAACGCCUUAUCAAAUUUUAUUACAAACAGCUAAGCAAACGACAGAACAACAUACAUUUCAUUUUGCUUCUCAAGCUCAUAAUAAUCAUUUUUGCUUCGAGCAAUUAACCAACAAGACAGAAGCCCAAAAAACAAAGCCAUCGAGAUUUUUAUUAGAGAGAUUGGCAGAUCAAGAUUUUGCUAACAUAGAAUCUUUUCGUGAUCAUUUCUUAUUAGUUGCUGAUUCAUCAUUCGGACAGGGUUGGGUUUUUCUUGUCGAAUUACCAGAUAAGUCUGUCAAAAUCUUGAAGUGUGGUAAUGACGGUACUCCAUAUUUCUAUGGAAAAAAUCAAUCAUUAGAUUUAAAUGGUGGUAUUGAUGAAGGGAGUUUCGAAUACUUAAAUAAUUUAAAGCAUUUGGCAGGUAAACAAGAAAGGGAUUUUAGUUUACCUUUAUUAGGUAUUAAUUGUUGGGACACCGCAUUCAUUGAUGAUUACGGAGUUACUGGUAAAGCUGAUUAUCUCACAAACUUCUGGGAGUGUAUUAACUGGGAUGUUGUAAAUAAAAGGCUAUUCCAAGUAUGA